AAUCUUUACGUUGAACCCAGCAUUAACUGUUAAGCGCAACGUACGCUUAUUCGCUUUAUUAAAGAACAAUUCUUCUUGGAAUGAUAGUGUUUGUCAAAUUCUACUCCAGUCACUGCAUCCCAGUGGAGGUGGAUGCGGGUGCUACUGUCUUCCAGCUCAAGGAGGUGGUUGCUAGGCAACAAGGAGUUCCAGCUCAGCAGCUGCGUGUCAUUUUUGCUGGCAAAGAGCUACACAAUGACUCCACACUUCAGGAAUGUGAUCUUCCACAGCAGAGCACGGUUCAUAUGGUGCUUUCUCCAAAAUCAAAGCUCAGUCCAAGAACUGAGGAGGACGUGACCACUGGGAGUAGCAGUCGUGCCCUGUCUGCAGAGUUAGAAGUGGAAGUGACCAGCCUCACACGGGUGGACUUGAACUCAUCGCUUGUUUCCAGUCACUCCUCUGAAUGUGCAGCCAUUGUGAACAAUCAGGAAGGAAGCAGUGCAGCAGGAGAAGCUAGUAAUGAUUCUGGACAAUCCAGUCGUUUUUUCAUUUAUUGCAAAUCACCGUGCAGGGCUGUGAAACCAGGAAAGCUGAGAGUUCGAUGUAACAGAUGCAAGGAAGGAGCACUAACGUUGACAAGGGGUCCUUCUUGUUGGGAAGAUGUUCUUAUUCCAAAUAGGAUAUCUGGGCACUGCCUCUCAAAGGACUGCAAUGGUGAUAUGGCUGAGUUUUACUUUAAGUGUGGAGCCCACUCAACAUCUGACCAAGACUCAUCAGCUGCACUGAAUCUCAUUACUCCGAACCACAGGAACAUCCCUUGUAUAGCCUGCAGAGACACGCUGAGCCCCGUGUUGGUGUUCCAGUGCUCUGACCGACAUGUCAUUUGCCUCGACUGCUUCCAUGUGUACUGCGUGACAAAGCUGAAUGAUCGUCAGUUUGUGUAUGAUCCUCAGAUUGGCUAUUCUUUGCCAUGUGCGGCCAACUGCCCAAAUUCUCUGAUUAAAGAGCUUCAUCAUUUCCGAAGCCUGGGAGAAGAGCAGUAUGCGCGUUACCAGCAGUAUGGAGCAGAGGAGUACGUGCUGCAGAUGGGAGGCGUCUUGUGUCCUAAACCAGGUUGCGGAGCGGGCCUUCUUCCAGACGCAGGAGAGAGGAGAAUUGAAUGUGAAAAAGGAAAUGAAAUCGGGUGUGGGUUUGUCUUCUGCCGAGAAUGUAAGGAGGAGUUCCAUGAAGGUGACUGCACAGCUGUGAGUGGAAUAGAAAUGGUUGUUACUUCACAGACAUACACGAUCAAUGAAGAAGCUGCCAGGCGUGCCAGAUGGGAGCAUGCUUCAGCUGAAACUAUCAAGAAUACUACUAAACCCUGCCCCAAGUGCCAAGUGCCAGUGGAAAAAAAUGGUGGUUGUAUGCACAUGACCUGCUCUAGACCAAAUUGCAAAUUUGAAUGGUGCUGGCACUGCGGCAUUGAGUGGAACCAGAAUUGUAGGGGAAUACACUGGUUUGACUAAACCUACUAACGGAGGAACAACUGAAUUAGACACCCCCGAAUCUGAAGACUUUCUCUGCUGAAGCACACUGUGAUACAUCAUUUCAUUAAAAGCUAUAACAUGUUUGAAAGUACUUUUUCAUCUCUGCCUGUUGUUUUAAAAUAUUUAUAGACUCAAACACAGAGAAGCUAAUAGUGUGUUUGUCAAUCAAUAUUUGAUUAAAAGCAGUUCUCAUCUCAGUCCUGGAGACCCACUGUGGCUGCCAUUUUUUGCUCCAACCAAUUUCACAAUCUGUGAGCCAUUUGACUCUUUGACUGAUCUCAUUUAGUUAGCUGGUCUUUUUUUCCUUCUCUUAUUCUGCAUU